AUGGUCUACGGACCCAUGAGUAACUUUCUUCGUAAGUUUAAAAGAAACAAAGUCGUCGAAAAAAACAAUGAGGGUGGAUAUGCACCUCCAAAGCCAGCUCAUCGCUGGCAACGUCGAAAAAGGCGCGAAGAGCAAGCCGAACGCAAAAGGCAGGAAAUGGUUACAGAGAACAAGGUCAACCCUUGGUUUCAGUCUUGUGCAAAUCCUCGGGGUCAAUAUGCCACCGUUGUCCACUCUUUUCCAGGUGGACUUCAGGACGAUGACCUAGAGUGCCUGAAGGGUGACACUCUUACGAUCGAGUCAGCCUACAGCACAGAAGCUUGGUGGAAGGCUGAAAAUUUGAGAACAGGAAAGACAGGAUACAUUCCUGCAAAUUACAUUACCGAAGAGCCCGGUGUUAGGAAAAUUCUUGAUGCUUGGCAUGAUAUCGACCGUCAGGAAAGUGAGGCAAAACUUAACGCUCCAGGUCUGCGAAAUGGCACCUACAUAGUCCGUCCCAGUUCCAAUCCCCUCCGAAUCGCUCUCUCGGUCCUCUGCAUAGUCGGAAGUACAAAGACCAUAAAGCACUUUAGCGUCAAAAAUGACCCUGAAGCCGGCAGUUUCUUCAUCACACCGUCAAGGACCUUCAAAACCCUUAAAGAUCUCAUCGAAUAUUACAAAGUUGCGCAUGAUGGAAAGCCCCAACUCCUGACAGCUCCUACUCCACGCACCAAACCUGUGGUCCAAUCGCGAGAUCUUCGAAUCUCCCGGGACAAAAUUUGCCUGAAGACACGUUUAGCUCGAGGAGGACGAUUCGGUUCCAUUUACAUCGCUACCUAUGGCUCCUUGAAGCAACCCGUGGUGAUUAAAAAACUUUCAAGUCACGUGAAUCGUGAAUCGGUUAUCGCGAUAUCUGAAGCUUGUCACAAACUCCACCACCGGAGCGUCGUCACGUUUGUGGGCCUGUGCGACGAACCAAAGAGCGAGCCGUUGUUACUCGUCGUUGAGUACAUGCCGGGAGGCAAUUUGAAGGACUUCCUAGUGCAAAAUGGCAAAACACUCGAUUACUCCAAGCUCCAGAACCUACUGUAUCAGGUUAUUGAUGGAAUGGACUACAUUGAAAAUAUGAAAUCAUUCCAUGGUAACCUGAACGCCUCCAAUGUCUUCCUAUCGAGCGAACUCUGUGCCAAAAUCGGCAACUACGGCUUCAGUGUACAGUCUGACAGAUCAGUGUUUGGAUCUCCCAGUUUAGAAAACACAGAGGCCAUCAGGUGGGCGGCUCCAGAGUUGCUGGAGCCCAAAUACCCAUUCGAUAUCCUCUGCGACGUGUGGUCCUUCGGAGUCGUCAUGUUCGAAGUUUUCACUCUGGGCUCGCAGCCCUACAAGGACAUGGACUUGAAGGAGAUCGCGGAGAAGGUGAAAACGGGCUACCGUCUUCCAAACCCCCAAAGCAUGGGCUUUCAGUGUGACAAUGUGAUGUAUGAAACAAUGAAGAAUUGCUGGAGUGCUGACUCCUCCGACCGACCCACCUUCCGAGAACUCUGGUUUGCUUUUGAAGAGAGUCUUUCACAGGACAACGAGGUCUAUGCUGAGAUUGAGUGA